AUGAGGUUACGUGUCACUGUCAGGCGCCACGGCCUUCCUGAUACUUCCAUCGUCUGGUCGAUUGACACAAGUACCUCUCCUACAAUCUAUCAGCUCCUCGAGCAGAUCAACGGCAUCGUACCGGUCGAGACAGAUGGGCAAUGGGGCUUGGAGGAUUACGCUGUAGAAUUGAGGGGUAGCAAUGGCGUCAACUACGAAUGCCUUCACUUUCAGCCUGUUGCCAGUGUAAUGAAAGAGGAAGACGAGGUCAUCAUCCGCCCGCUCCUCACACAAGACCUCAAAGUACGCAGAAUAUCCGGCAGGCACCAGAUCUCGGAUGAUGGCAAGCGUCUUUACGAUGGCCUUGCCCUGGGCAGACCUCUCCUCCGAUUACCUGCUGGCCGACCGGCUAUCAAUAUACCUCCACGGAAGAAGCGAAGGGUGACAUAUGAUGAGGACGAAGAUGAUGAUGAGGGCUGUGCUGCUCUCAAGGAGACAGAUGAGUCAGAGAGUGAGGACAACCAGCUCCUUCUUACAGAGGCCGACCUCGAAGAUGAAGACUCAGAAGACGACGACGAUUUUGCUCCUGGGAAUGAUAGCGAUGCUGCGGAAAAUGAGGAUAGUGACUCCGCUGAAGAUUACGACAAUCAGCAGCCAGCCUUAACAUCUGCUUCUGAAGAUGACGAUUCAGAAGACGACGAGGAAGUUGCGCCUGAAGGAGAGAAUAUGGACGAAGCAGAUGACGAUGAUAAUGACAAGCAGUUGGUUCUCCACGCGGAUUUCGAUAAUGCUGACUCCCAGUCUGACGAAGAGGGCCGGAUUAUUGGUCCUGAAGAGGAAGAGUCAGACAACGAAAGAGAAGGAAGCCAACACGGUAUUGAAGAAUAUUGGUCCGAUGAAGUUACUGCAGAUGUUGGGCUUUCUUCUGGAUCUGAUCCUGGACAAGACGCAGCCGAUAUCGAUGAUGAGCCUGCUUUUUCUGGUAUCUCUGACCCCGAAACCCGAGCCAAGAUCCGUAAAUUACAAUCAGCUUUUCCCAGCACGCAUAUUGCUCUUUGCAAAAGCAUUUUGAGGGCUGUCGGUGGGGAUAUGGGCGAUGCAUACGAAGUUCUCACUCGAGGAUCCCAUCCCACGAAAUCCAAAAGCGAGAUUGCUGAGACCGCUGAAAGCCACAACAAGCUGUCAGUAAAAAAGACUCGCUCAAAGCGAAUGCCCAAAUCGAAGCACAAGUCUCCAGUGGUUGAUGCCAAGAGGGACUCUGACAGUAUGCAAGAUGACGCUGAAGAGAUCUUGGAUCCCCUUGUGCAACAGUAUGAUAAGCAGGGGUUUCCACCAGGAUCCAUCAGUUCGGGCAAGGCUCUGGCCUUCAUGGCCGAAGCUGCGAGGAGCUCACCGGGUCCUCAUCCGAAAUCGAGCGACGCGGCUUUGGUCAAACAAAGCAAACGUAUCAGGUUCACUGAUGAUGAAGAUUUCUCUAAUGGUCUCACAUCAACCCCAUUUAUAGACAAAGAGACACAAGAAGUCGAAUCAAGUGAUGAUCAGAACGGCAGCGACGACUCCAGCCAUGAUUCUUCCUCGAGCAGUGAUAGCAGCGACCUUUUUUCUGAUGACGGCGAAGAAAUACCUGAUGCUGUCAACGACUCACCAUCUUCCGACAGCAGCAUGGACAGUAGCAGUGAUUCUUCUAGUGAGGAGGAAUCUCCAGAAGAAGAAUCCAGCAAGACGCCUGUUAGAAAGGCACAUUCAGCAGGAACCCCGGGCAAAGGUACUGCUAGGACUCGCAGCAGAAAUGUGCGAAGACGGAAUGCCAACCAUCUGGCUAGAUACAAAGAGAAGGGGAUUUUACCAGCCGGUACGACUUUGGCGGAGUUCUCCAAGUUGAAGCAAGUGAACGAAAACACUUCUCCAGAGGAAGCUCUUGCUGCAUUAGAGGAGUUGAGGUCUCCGGCGCAGACUACGGGAGCAGGCGAGGCUUCCAAGAGCGCUUCGUCUACGGGUACCUCUACUCGUGACGCCGCCAAGGAAGAAUUUGAGCUUCGCAGACGAGAACUUCUUGCUUCACUAGCUAACGGUGGCGUCGAAGUUGGCAUUGAGUCGGCGAAGAAACCCCAAAAGUCUCUCAAUUCCAGCCGAAGACUCAAAUCAGCCAAGAAUGACUGUUUGAAAAUUCUAGCAAGUGGAGCUGUCGAAGUCGAGCAAGCAGUCAGCUCUAUAUCUGACGAGGUUGAGACCAACAGACCGUCUCUGAUCUCAAAGGCCUUCUCAAAUUUGACCUCAGGUGUCACCGAACCCAAUGCUAUGGAAGAGGGAGAUCUGAAAUCUUCAGCAGGCCUUGAAGCUCCCAAGGAUAUUGAAACCCCCGUUCCAUCUACCAAACCACGGCCGACCUCAGUCGAAACGGCACCGCGACGCGCGAAACUUGACUUGGGUGCCGGACGAAGGAUGCUGUUUGGCGCGUUGGGCUUGAAGACUCCCAAGACCAAACAAGACGAGGAGAAACUCAAGAAAGACUUCAUGAAGAAUAUCAAGCCUCUGAUAACCCGGAAAGAUGUUGAAGAUCCCAAAGCCGGUAUCGAUGAAGGAUUGGACGAGGACUCAGAAGCCUGGAGAGAGAAAAUCAUAUAUCGGGCCGUGGAGUGCGUUCAAGACGAUAUUGAAUUGAGUGAGCCACCUUUCCCAUUUGUUCAACGAUGGGAUUCUCAGCAGCGCUGGCCCAAGAAUGGCAAGAGGAAGAAUGAACAACGACUGGAAUCGCAGUGUUACAAUGAAGAUUCUCGGAUGUCCAAGAAGCAGAAGAGAAACCGCAAGGGUAAGCACACCUAUGUAGAGGAGCAAGAAUACCUGGAGGCGUUUUACGAGACUAGCUUUCAAGAGGAUAGUUUUAUGGACACGCCGUUUGAUGUAUCGGCACAGGCACAGGAUCAAAAUCAGAAUGUCGACGAGGAAAUCAAUCAACAAUUUCUGAACGAUGCACAGCCUUUAGCUCAGGAUCUUCAAGAUUCUGCUGACUUGCCUGAACUUCCUGGAGAUCUUUCAGCCCUGCCCGAUCUCCUCGAUGGCAUGGCUAAGGUCGGCAUGAUUGUUGCCUUCAAGAAGUUGGAGUUUUCUGCUGCUACCCAGUGGCAACCCCUCCAAUCGGACUACAUGACUGCAACUGUCACCGAGGUUUUGCAGAGUGGCGAACUUACUCUUACACUCGCUCUCAGAGACCGAAAACAAAUCAAGAAACGAUACGAUGAGAGGACUGGCGAGAGAAUCUUUGAUAAAUUCGAGAUGCCUGUCGAAGAUGACGAUGACGGCAGCGUUCUCUAUCUCUCAUUUGGAGAGCUGCAAGAGCCGAAAAUUGUUCAGAACCCAAACGCCAGUUUGGUCCAAACUUCUUUGGAGGGAAAGGCCAACCAAGGUAUUGGUUGCGACGUUGCCAUGAAUGAACCCGCUGAAGUAAGUACUGCUAGUGCCGCUGUUGGGGAGAAACGUCCACAAGCGAGGGAAGGGAACAGCGUCGACAUAUCAGCUACAGUAGAGCACGAAAAAGAUGCCACGAGAGCACAGUCAUCUCAUGAGCAACUUCCCGAGGCGUCGGAGCAAGAGCUGCCUGAGAUACAAUCUUCUCGCCGAUAUUCUCACGAAGAAGAGCUUCCAGAAGCACAGUUAUCUCAUGUCACAGAGACGCAGCUGAAUUCAGAUGCUUCAGGGUCUUUCCAGCAAGACCACCAGCCAGAUGCUACUGAAACCGACCAGGCACAAUCCGUGACUGCGUUCAAUGAGGAAAUUGAAACCGAAGAGACUCACGUCGAGGACCCCGUAGUAGAAGAAAUGCAAAACGAAGAGAUAUUUGUUGAUGCUCCUGUGGCACAAAAAAUGGAUCUUGACUUCGCCGACCCUGCGACGCCUGUUCUUUGUGACAUUGAUAUGAGCGAGCCGACCGACGAGGCAAGACAAACCAUAGGUCGCAUGAUGAAGGAAGCUGGUUUUCGCUCGAGUGUUCCGUCAUCUAUUCUGAGGGAAAUUCGCCCGGACGGAUUUCAAUCUCCCGGUGAGGCCGCUUUAUUUGAGAAGCUCAGGGACGAGAUGAUUAGUGCCGAUGACGGCGAGGAGAAUGAGACGGGAAAAACGAGUCAGGUCUAUUCCCCAAAGUUCAACGGGCUUGGGUCUUCGCCUGUCAGAAAGUCAAGAGAGUUCUCUCGAACGCCAACAAAGCCGCAGCAAGCAGCGCCUGCUAGCUAUCCAGAAAAGCCUCCCUCGUCAAGCUGGGAGACUAUUGACCCGGAAUACCGAAGCUCACCACCCCUUCAUAGGAAGCCAUCUCUGGCGCUCAACGGGGAAGAUGAACAGUCCAGCUGGGUAACGAUCGAGAACACUCAGGCUGAUACCCAAGCUCAGCGUUCUAGCCCUCCGCCUUUCGAGGGUGUUCAUCGUUUCAACGUCGCAACACCUGAAUCAGCUAGACCAUUUAACCAUCCAGUCCAGGAAAACUCGGGGGUCUUUACGCCUCAACCUGUGGAAUGUGCAAAGACCAUGAGUUCUCCCCCGCCCGACUCUGCCAAGCUACCUGUCGGAAAAGCCCAGGCGUACUGGAACCAACUGCAACCACGGAAGCGGAGGAGAAGCAACGAUUCUGAUGCUACCAGUACCAAGUCGAGCCCGAAGCGCUCACCCGCUCGUUCGCUUGGCAUAGAUGGUGCAGAGGAGAUGGAGGCUGAAUCGAGCUUGAAGUACCCUAAGCUUCCGACAAUUUCGUCUUUUACCAGUCAGGCCACAGACGCUGGUCGGCAACCUGACUUCCACUUUGAUGAAAGUAUCGCAUUGAAUGACGACUCGAUCAUCAUCCCAGACAAUGACACCAGUACCUCUUCUAAUCAGCCGGAGCAAGGAUCCUCAAAAUUCAAGGAUGGAGCUGACAUUGCCACGGUGCCACCAAAGAGGUCGCUCUUCACUAAGGUUGUCCGGCCGCCUUCUCUUCCGGAUUCUUCCUCUGACGAAGAUCUCCCUUCUCUAAAGCAGCUGUCACAGCGUGCUGCAACGAUCAAACGCGAAACUACAACUCCGGUCGCCUCCAAGAAGGCAACUGCGGCAGAUUUAGCUUAUAAAAAUUCAAUGGCCGAGAUGGAGGACGACCUUGCCGAUGGCCAAACAACACCUAAGGCUUCCCAAAGUAAGCAGCGACGAGCAUCUACACAAUCUUCGAGAAGUCAGGCGUCACAAAGCCGCUUUAUUGAGAAGCCAGCAUCCCACCCUUCCGGGAGCAGGGCCUCAGAUGAUCCAGCUUCUCAAUCACGAAACCGCGUCCACCAUGCAUCUCAAUCCCGAGCACCUGCCCGAAGCACAAGUGCUAUCCCCCCUGGAUCUCAGGUCAUAGAAAUACUAUCAUCAAGUGACGCCGAGCCAGAGCCGGAGCAAGCAGCUGAAGCACUGGAUACUCGCCCCAAGUCAUUUAGAGGAUUUAAUAUUGACAUGGACGAUGAUAAUAUCGCUGGCUCUUCGAGUGGGUGGGUACAGAAGAGGAGCGGCCCGAUCAAGCGUGCUGAGCCAAGAGCUAGGAAGGCUUCUUGCUAG